AGAAUCGACUCUGUUUACUCUCCGCCUCUCUCUGUCGACCAGUUGAGGGUGUUUUCAGACGGACACGACUAUGGAUGAAGCAGGGUGUCUGCCCGUGAUCGUGGAGGGAGACUGGGGGACAAGUGUGACCAAAACCGUCAAGAACAAACUCCACAUUUACUUCCAGAGCAGGAAGAAGUCCGGCGGCGGGGAAUGCCGGGUGGAAGCCGAAGACGGAGCCCAGAGAGCGGCCGUGUUCUUCGAAUCAGACGAGGCGAGACAACGGGUUCUUGCCAGAGACGAUCAUCACGUGACUCUGGGUAAUCAAACAGUCAAACUGAGGCUGAUUUCUACAGGUUCAGUCACCAGUGACGACGCCUCAGAUAUUGGACCAGCAGGUGGGGAUGUUGAGGCCACUGAUAGCCCGGUGGCUUUUGCCCCUCCAGCUUUUGCCCCUCCAGCUGAUGCUGGGAGUCAACUCAAACCAACUUAG